AAGCUGAGCGCGAGCUGACUGUUAGACAUUCUUGUAACGUCCGGUACAUUAUUCCUGCGCAUAUGUGCAUAUUUGAUAUAUUGCUAUUCAAACGCUCUGCGAGUAAACGCAUUUUCCUCGCGCGGUGACCAUUAGCACGUGCGGCUAGGCUAAUGUGAGGGGCUCAUGAUAAAAGUCUGCGACAGCACGACUGUAUUUGCGAUAUGAACCCCUUUUAUGUUUUAAAACACCGUUUAGUAUGCGUUUGAAUUAAUUGGAGGUGUGUAGUGGUUAUACUUUGUCUUUUGUUCGUUUAUGCUGAUGUUUAUGGUAUAGCUAGCGGUGCUAGUAGCGUGCUGAGUAAGCAUGCGUGACCUGGCAGCUCAAGUCACCAGCAGCUUGCUGCGCUUCCCAGAGGUGACGAUAGACGCUCUGGGUGAGGAUGAAGUUACGCUGGACUCUGUGCUGCAUGGGAAAUUUACUGUUGGGAAGAAUGCACUGGCCUGGCUUGCCUGUGGGCCUCAGAUGGAGGUGGUUCAUGCAGUUACUGGAGAGCGUUUCUCUGCCUACUGCUUCAGCGGGGUGUCCGAGCACCCACCCUCUGUGUUGACAGUAAGAGACUUCUGUUGGUUAAAGCGAACAGGGCUGCUCGUGGGUCUGGAUGAAGCAGAAGGCAGCAUGCUGUGUCUGUAUGAUCUUGGCAUCUCCCGCGUUGUUAAGGCUGUGGUCAUUCCAGGCAGGAUCACAGCCAUUGAGCCACUGGUUAGCUAUGGAGGGGCAAGUGCUAGCACACAGCAUCUGCAUCAGAGUCUGCGUUGGUUCUUUGGUGUGGCUGCUGUGGUAACAGACAUCGGUCAUGUUCUGCUGGUUGAUCUCUGUCUGGAUGACCUGUCCUGUAGUCAGAGUGAAUUGGAAGCUUCAGAUCUGGAAGUUGUCAAUAAAUCUCUAUCUGAGAUUCCUCGGUUAAGAGAGGGCGUGACUCAGCAGGGCAGACACUUGUGUCUGCAGCUUAGCAGCCCCACAGGUACUGGAGCAACAGCCCUGCAGUACAUCCAACGCACCAACCAGCUCGCUGUGGGCUUCUCUGAUGGCUUCCUGCAGCUCUGGAACAUGAAGACCCUCAAAAAAGAAUAUCACUCACAGCUAGAGGGUGGCAGAGUGCCGGUCUAUGCGUUUACCUUCCAGGAACCUGAGAAUGAUCCACGGAACUGCUGCUAUUUGUGGGCUGUGCAGUCUGCACAGGAUCAUGAGGGGGAUGUGGUUAGUCUUCAUUUGUUGCAGCUGGCCUUUGGGGAGAGGAAGUGCUUGACUUCAGGGAAAAUUAUCUAUGAGGGUCUGGAGUAUUGUGAGGAGCGUUACAGUCAGGACCUGAAUGGUACAUCAUUUCCUUUAAGGGCUCAGGCCAUUAAUACUCGCCUGAUCAGUUGUCAGACCAUUGAGAAGUUUCGCCACCACCCUGAUCGUGACGACAGCAUGAAUGAAGUGGCAUCUCCUGAUACAAGUGUGUCAGUUUUUAGCUGGCAAGUUAAGUCUUACGGACAAGGUCAACCAUCAACCUUCAUUGGAGUGUUUGACAUUAACAGAUGGUACCAUGCUCAGAUGCCAGAUUCACUUAGAGCGGGUGAAUCCUUGAGGAACUGUCCUUAUCUGGCUGUGUGGUCUCUUGACACUGUGGUAGAAAUGACAUCUCCCUGUCCCCUGAUGGACAUUCUGGUUCAUGAGCGCAGUCUCAGUAGGGGUCUGCCCUACACCAGCCCUCCACCAGAACAGUUCUUCAGUCCUACCACAUACAACUUCGAUGCUAGCUGUUUGCUUAAUGCUGGAGUUGUGCACUUUACUUGCUCUGGCUAUCAGAAAGAGACCCUGAGCUACUUAAAGAAGGUUGAACCAAAUUUAAGUGACCACAUCUCUAUUGGAUACUCACGCUGCCUCAUGUCUGGACUCUUGUCCUCUCGCCUGGCUGAUAUCCAGCCCUCCAACCUGUCACAGGAGGAGCAGCUUGAUGCCAUUUUGUGCACUGCUGUGGAGACAAGCUCACUGGGAUUCAUCACUGGCUGCAUUAAACAGUGGACCACUGAGGAGCAACCAGGAUCAGCUGUCAACCUGCGCUAUAUACUGGAGUGGGCCUGGAACAAGGUUGUGCACACUAAGGAUGAGCUGGAUGAAAUAUGUGCUCCACUCUUCGACAGCUCCACAAACUUCACAGAUCCCCAGACACUGCAGCUGCUACAGCACAGUCAGCGCUUGCUGGCAAACCUCUGCACCAUCUUUCACUCUUUGCUUUAUGAGGCUCAGGAGCUCACACAGAAAGGAUUGAUUGGACUCAUGAACAAAUGCAUGGUGUCAAGUUUGAUCUCCCAGUACUCUCAGGUGGUUCUGUGGUUUUGCCGAACUGGUCUACUUCCAGAGGCCUCUGAUGAAGUUCUGCAAAUAUCACGGCCCUUUUAUAGUUACUCGAUUAUUAAGAACUACUACAUCGGUCAAAGGGAAGAGUUGCAGAGACUGGCCAAGGACAAGUGGUGUGCAGACUGCCUCAUGAUUGAUGGCCUGGUUAGUCAAUGUGGGGAACGUCUUGCUGAACUCUGGAAAAGAGACGAGGGUGGAACAGGACAGUAUCCUCCACCAUCACUUCAUGCCUUGCUGGAUAUUUACCUCCUGGAAAACAUUGAAGAAUCUGCCAAACAUGCCAUUGUUAUUUAUUUGCUACUGGAUGUGAUGUACUCAUUUCCCAAUAAAAGUGGGGCAUCAGUGGAGUCUUUUCCCACAGCGUUCGCCAUACCUAUUGGUUUAGUAAAACUGGUACAAGGCCUGUGGUUGCUGGAUCAUCAUGAUCAUGAGAGGUCUUUGGAGCUGCUAUUGCACCCAGCCACCAGUCACUCUCUGUGGAGCUGGCAACAUAACCGCGUCCUGCAAGCUUUGAUGUGCCAACAGAAGCACAGCAUUGCACUUCGUUACCUACAUGUGAUGAAGCCUCCGCUAUGCACUACCAACGAAGCCAAGCUGUGCCUCUCUGUUCUGCUCCAUAACAGAUGUAUUGUGGAGGCCUGGGCGUUGUUAAGGCAGCACUGUAAUAAGUUAAACAUGGAGGAGGUGAUGAGAUUUCUCUUUGAGACCUCUCAGGAACUGGGUCUGAUGAAAGAGCUACUGAAGCUGCCCCUUGGACUGGCAGAGAAGGAGUGCUUGGAACGGUUCCUUCAAAGCACUGGAGGUUUCCAGAAUAGGGAGAUGCUUAUGGUCCACUACCUCCAGCAGGCAAAUUAUGUGUCUGCCCUUCAACUCAACCAGACCCUCAAAUUGAACCUUGCAACUGAUCGGGAUCCUAAAAUGAAGGAAAGGUCAAACACAAGGAACUCUAUUCUAAAUCAGUACGGGAAAGUUCUUCCUCGAGUUCAACGGAAACUAGCCAUUGAACGAGCAAAACCGUACCAACACCCUGCUACAAUCCACACAGAAGUUAAAAGACCCCAGCCUCUGUCCACUGUAGCUAAACGUUCAGCUUCUGAAACUGUUAUGACAAGAGCAGCCUUUAUUAAUAAUGUCCUCUCAAAGAUCGAAGAAGUGUGGGUUGGCAAGAACCCCUCUCCAGAGUCAUCUCCUUACAAAAGCCCCAGAGAGUCAGAGUUACCAGGUUCUAGCCUACAUCCUCCUCCUCCAAAUCUACUUGAGCCCUUUGUGGGAACACCUGUCAACAUGUUAACCAAGAGGAUGUCCAGGCUUCUGGAUUUGGUCGUGAAGCCAUCUUCACAAAGUUCUCCAGAGAGUUCUAAUUUGCCGGGAACGCCUUUAAGACCCAUUACCUCAUGGGCUGGCCCAAAAAGCAUCAGCAAGGCUCCUGAGCUCAAUCUGCUACAAACUCCACAAGUGGUAAAGAGAGCUCGAGCCUUGGCAUCAGGUCCGGUUUUCUCAGCCUUUACCCCACAGUCUAUUCUAAGGAGCAGCCUACGUCCCACUCCUGUGGCCACACCCUCUGCCUCCCCAGGUCGAUCCAUCACUCCCCCUCUCCACCCCAAAGAGAGUCGUAUUACCUUCAUAGAGGAGGCUGACUCUCCUGAACCUCCCAAGGGUACCGUCCACUGGAACACUGGGAUGGCCAUUAAUAGGGAGAGCAAUACAUCUAAGAGAUCUUCCCCACCUCCCAAAGCAAUCAUCAAGGCCUGGAGUGAACAUUCAGAUGCGGAAGAGGAUGAGAAAGAACUGAGCAGGACCAGCAUGCCCUCGCUGGAAGAGAGAGAGAACACUGAUGUAGAAUCUGAGACUGGAUCUUCUGUUAAAGAGAUCCCUGCAGUGGUGACCAAACGAGUGCUUCCCACUCUUGUGCGACGCCCUAGUCUUGGGCAAGAAACGAGUCUAGUGUCCAACCAGUCUGAUAGCACUCUUGAGUUCCAUGAUGCUCCAGCUCCUGAGGAUUUUAUGGAAGCACUGAAAGAACAUCAUGUGGACAACAGCAUGGAUCGGGAGGUGACUGUAAGACUUCCUAACACUUCAGAGGAAGAUUUACCCCCAGUAAGAGAUUGCUUUACAGCAGAGUUGCCCUCUGUUGCCAAGCCUGAUAAAGACCAGAAUACAGAUGAGAACAGGACUGAGCAAAAUUUGUCCAGUGGCGAGAGGCCUUUAGACACACAGCAAGCUCAGCAACAGAGUCUUGAGCUUGAGGUUAAUGUUGAGAACAAUCUCAAAAAGGAAGUGACUGAGGAGCAGUGUGAGGAAACUUCAGAGGCUCUGGUUCUCAAGCUGGACUUUAUGGAACCAGAACAUGUACUUCCAGUUGAGGAGCCAAGAGUAGAAUCUUUGGCUGAGGUUUCAGUACACCAUGAAAUACAGGAAACAACUAAAGCUGAAGAAUCGGUUAAUGAAUCUUCCAUCUUUCAUGAAGCUGUCAUUCCUCUGGCUGAAGAGACUGCAGACUGUAAGUCCACUGAUGAAAAUGCUGCUCCUGACACUGCAGAAGAACCAAUUGUCACCAAGCAAUCAGAACGGUUACCAGAAAAACCAGUCAGUGAGGCCUUCGUUUUGUCUGAGCUUCCAUCAGUUGAGUUGGUCCACCAUGGACCUGUGGCUGAUGCUGCACUGCAUACACAAAUUACUGGUGAACAUGAGAACAAUGAGGAAUCAAUGGAAAUCUCAGAUUUGGAUGCUUUUGUGGAACAGCAUUUAUUUGGCCCAGAUCUUUCCUCACCCUUGACCCGGUACAGUAUUAAAUCAGAGGCAUCACUGAAAAGUGAACCAGUUUGUGACAUCAAGGAAGUUCAACCUGAGAAUGCUGCAAAUCUGAAAACGCAGACAUCUGUCACCUCAUCAGAACCUGCAUCCUCAGAGUCCAGAUCUGUAGUGACGUUGAAUGACAGUGAUGAGCUUACUAGUGCUGAAUCUGAGGACGAGACUGAGGAUGAAGAAACUGGAGAUGACAGGGCAGAGGACUCGGGUAGUGAAGUUGAGAUCAUAGAGGAAGUGAAGGGUAAUGGUAGCUAUAGCCACCAGCCUGGUCCUGCCCUUUACUUGGAGGAACUCCCACCAAAUGAGCAGUACUUCCAAGAACAAGCCAGUGCCAUGCUCUCACUGAUCACUCCUGAGGCACAGUUGAAAGUUGUAGACAGAGACAUGCAAGAGGAGGAAGGUGAAGUUCUAAUGGUUGGCCUUGACCCUGCAGAUCUAGAUGAGGAAGAUGCUGUGUGUUAUACUAAGCUAAAACCUUCCACCACCCUCCUGGUGCCUGUAGAGCUAGCUGAGCAGCAUAGGCAUCUUAUAGAUGGAGCAAUUUUGCAGACCCACAGCAGUGAGGGUCAAGCAGACUCUGGAUUUACACUAAUGUUGGAGCCUGAUGUGGAGGAGCUGCCUAUCACUUCAGAGUUGGACCCCAAUUAUCAAUUGCUACCUCUACACGAGGAAGAACAACCUCAGGAUAUGGAGAAUCAGCUUGCAACAAACUCGGAGGUUGUCGUUUUGGAACAUGCUGUUCAUGUUCCAGACGACAACGAUUUAAAACAAGUAAAAGUCUUUGUGUCAGACAUUGAACCUGUUGUCAUUGGUGCUCCUGAAAUCAAAGAGCAACCAGACAGACCAAAUGAGGUACACCAUGAACAGAUGGUGGAAACAACAGCCAUACCAGAAUCAGGACCUUCUCUUCAAGAGACAGAAGGACUUGCCAAUGGUGACAGGAUAGAUUCUGGUCCUUUUGAGAUGCAGGAAGAAUCAUAUGCCCCUCUUCAUGAGGAGGUAUUGGAGUCUUCUCUGCCAGAGAAUGUCUUGCCCCCAGAAAUGCUUUUGGUAGACGCGAAUGAGGAUGCAAAAUUGGAUGCAGGGAUGUUAUCUCUUGCUAAAGAAAAUGCAACUGAAUCUAGCCAAGUAGGAAAUGCACCCUCAUUGGCUGGAGAAUUUAAGGAACUUUCCACGACAAAAGAGUUGGCAAGACCAAAGUCUCCAGCAAAAUCUAGGUCGCCUGCAAGAUCUAAAGUACAAAGAUAUGAAAAAGAUAGAGAGGAAGAUUUAGAGAACUUCAAAGAGGUGCCACGUAGCCCAUCACGUAAGACAAGGAAAACGGUCACGUUUCCUGUGACCAACCUUGAUGCUGAGAAACAUCUUACUGAGGAGGAGCAAAUGGAUUCUCAGGUACCUUCAACACCAAGACGUGUUACAAGGAGUGGCAAGCAACUACAAGACUGUCAAGUUCCCGUUACACCCAGAAGAAGCACAAGAAAAGCAGAUGCAGAACAGAGGGAUAACAAGGAUGACCAUAAAAUGCCUUCUGCAAAUGUAUCAAAGCCAUCAAGUCCAGCACGAAAGACCCCGCAGAAAGCCACACCUAGGAAAGGAUCCCGAAGAACCAGGAACACAACAGUGGAUGAAGAUGUUGAGGCCCUGUCCACAGACCUUCCUCCAAAUGAUUAUUCAGAACUGCAGGCCAGACAGAGAACCAGAAAAGCACAAGUAACCAUCGUUGAUGUUCCAGAAACACAUCAAGUAGUCCCAGACGAGAGGGUACAGUCUGCCAAAGUACAUAGCAGUCCUAGUAGGGUUACACGCAAGUCCACCAGAGGACUUUCAUUAGAAUGUUUCCAACAGGAUCCUCCAGAAGAUGCUGUAGCUCUAAAUCAACCCCUUAAAACUCCUCCAAGGAGCAGGAGAAAGACCGUAUCCAGGACUAUGGAGAAAGCUAACAAUGCCACCUUCAUUAUUGAUGAUGCACAACUUAAAAGUGUUUCUAGACACUUAACCAGGAGCCAACAUUGGAAUCAAAAAGAGACUCCUGGCAAAGAGAGUGAAGACUUGGUUCCUCUUGAACUGGAGACUGAUGUUCCCCUGGCUGAUUCCCUUGCAGAACGACUCAAAGGCAAGGAAGCCAGCAAGGAGAGUGUUCCGGUUGUAACUGAAAUAAUACGUACCAAAAGAGGAACCAAUAGAUCUGCAGCAUCACUGAAUGAAACUGUGAAUGCAGUCAUUGAAGAAUCAAAAUUGGUGGUAUCUGAUGAAACGCAAGAACCUGUGAGCAAGUCACUUGAAAAUGCUAGACGUACACGAGCAAGCAAGGUGUCAAAACACCUUGUCGAACAGAAUUCUUCAUCUGUCAGUGUUUCGGUCACUUCCACAGCUGACUUGAAAAAAAGAAGAGGGAGGAGAAAAGGAGCAGUUGUACAAAAUGAUACUGAAGUGCCAGAGAUAUUGACCCCUCUUGUGCCUCGAACACGAAGCUCAGAAGAUGCAACUGAAUCUCAAUCCAAUGAGGACAACGGCCCAAUGGUAGAUGUUGCAGUGGAAACUGAGGCUGUCAAACCCAGAAGGAAGAGAACAACCAGAACAAAAGCUGCCCCAGAACCUCCACCCCCAGUUGAGAUCAGAUUUCUCUCCCCACUGGCCAGUCCAGUUGAACCAAUUGCUAGAACCAGAAAAAGAACUGAUGAAAAGGAAACACCCUCACUUAGGAUGAACCUACGCCGUAAACGCAUGAUGGAUGCCAUUUUUCCCAAACCUGUUACACGGAGGAAGAAACUUUGAUUGUGAUUCAGAAAUCUUUGUUUGGACUAUUCUCCCAAUGCACUGAAAUGUGCAUUACCAUUUGAUUGCUUUUUCUGCUCUCCUUGUUUCUUAAGAACUUUGCAACUGCCUGUUUUAUAACGAAGAUAAUCAAUGAAUAAUGUUGGGGAUACAUAAACAUCUAAUUUGGGAUAAAUCAUUUUAUAUAAAUGAUGCUUACAGUGAGGAGCACUGAAGGACUUAAGCACCAAAUAGGAGAUGACUUAGUUUUUAAAUGUGUUUCUACUAAUUGAUGCAAAUGUAAAUAGCCUUUUAGAUAUGUUAUAAAUAAAAUUUGAUAAUUA